GAGAAGAGCUUCUUGCUGACCUCUCAGUGGUAGGAAAAGGCAGUGAUCCAGAUGGACAGAGCUUUAAGGCGCUUAGAGCCAUGGAAGAUCGCAGUCAUUGUUGUGUCAGUGAUAGUAGGCUUAGCCCUCAUCAUUGGCUUGAUUACAUUUCUUUUGUGCCACGAUCAAGACAGAUAUUACAAUGCAUCUUUUGUAAUCACCAAUGUCGACUAUAAUCCUCAGUAUGAAAGGCAAACUACAGAUGAGUUCAGGAACCUAAGUGAAGAUAUUGAAACUAUGAUCUCUGAAGUAUUCAGGGGGUCCUUUCUAAGUAAAAGAUACAUCAAGUCCCACGUGGUCAGUCUAAGCCCAGAUCCUGUUGGAGUGCUUGCAUCUGUUGUUCUGGUAUUUAAAUUUCCCUCUGCUGACAGUGAAGCAGCGACCUCGGGUCAAGUCAGCCGUGUGUUACUCAGAAGGCUGAAAGCAACCUCAACGUACCUGAAUGUUGACCAGUCUAGCAUUAGACUCACAGAGUUGAAUAAGGAAAAGGGCGAUAACCUUUUAAACAACUGCUGUGGAAUACGAAGACAGGCAUUCUCCUUCACAGGAGUGGAAAGAAUAACUGGCGGGCAGCGUGCACGGGAGGGAGAAUGGCCAUGGCAGGCGAGCAUUCAGCUCGAUGGGACCCAUCGCUGUGGGGCAUCAAUCAUCAGUAACACCUGGCUGGUGACUGCAGCCCACUGCUUUAGAGGAGUAAGAGAUCCUCGGAGGUGGACUGCCAGCUUUGGAAUUCUGCUGAGACCUCCAAAACAGAAAAAAUUUGUCCGGAGAAUUAUUGUUCACGAGAGAUACGGUGACGUUCUCCUUGAUCAUGAGUAUGACGUGGCUGUUGUGGAACUCGCCUCUCCUAUUGAGUUCACAAGUGACGUGCACAGUGUCUGCCUUCCUGAAGCAUCUCACAUUUUCCCAGACAACACUUCCUGUUUUGUCACUGGCUGGGGAGCUUUGGAGAAUGAUGGCUAUAGUGUUAACCAGCUUCGACAAGCAGAAGUGAGAAUUAUAAGUACUGAGGUUUGUAAUAGGAGACAAGUGUACGGUGGAGGUAUAACAGCUGGAAUGUUGUGUGCUGGAUACUUGGAGGGGCAGGUGGAUGCUUGCCAGGGUGACUCCGGUGGGCCGCUGGUGCAAGCAAAUUCCAGAGGAAUCUGGUAUCUUGUGGGAAUAGUGAGCUGGGGAGAUGAAUGUGGCAAGCCAAAUAAACCAGGAGUAUACACACGAGUGACUUACUAUCGAAACUGGAUCCACUCCAAAACGGGCAUCUGAAACCUGGAGCAGGUUAAAUUUUGUGGGCUGUGUACAACUAUUCCUCUGACACAUCCUGCUCUGUGGUCACCCUCUAAGCAGCUGCUGGCUUAGCUUGUGGUCAUGUAUAAAGUACCUGUAAGCUUGGAGCAGUCUAGGACUUAAAAUUGGUUUGGCCUACAGCCAGACAGGAAUGGACUUGAUCCAUGUGAUAUUUGUUUGUUCAGGAAAUAGUCUGUCAGAGGGACAACUGCCUUCAUCUAUAUGCAAUAUAUUGACCCUUUUUUCUUCAUGGCCACAUGUCUUGGCUCCAGCUUUUAUACCCAAGCAAAGUGUUUGAGCCCAAACAAUCAUCUACCGGCAUCCAAGACGAGCGAUAACUGAAACCUGGCCCAUCCAUUUGCUGUGUGCUCACAAGGCCCUAUCUAUCCAUAGAAAAGCUACAAUCCAGGCCCUGACUCCAAGGCUGCUGUACUUCUGAAUUCUUGAGAUUUCUCCUGCAUCAUUCCAGGGAGUGCACUAUAAUGGAGAAUGGAAAAUGGCUUAGAGAAGUCCUGGUUCCUAAUAUCAUAUUGGACUGUUAAUUAAGUGAAUGGAAAACUUUUUCUUGCCUGAGAAAGAAAUUAGUGGAAAACACCAGCUUGUGUCCACCUUCUUUGAACAAGUGAACAUAUGCCUGCUCAUCACUUCAUAUAAACAGUCUCAACCACAGCAUUUGCCAGGAGAGUGAUUGCUGGACUUAAGACCAAAAACCACUUUAUGUUCAUACCAGUUUGUUGUUGUAGCACAAUAUUUGGCUGAAUUAAUUUCCAUUUUUAUCUUUCCAGACUGUAUUUUUCUGAAUAAAAGUCCUUUGCCUUUUGUGCAGGAUGGAUGAUUGAAACAAUCUUAGUAUGACCUUCGUAAAAAAAAACUCCUCAAACUUCUUAUUCUUGUGAAUGCUAUUGUCAAGUCUUUAUAGUUUUAUAUGUGCAUCUUUAGCUGUAUCCUGUAAAAAAAAAAGCUUUUGCAUUACAGUGUAAAUGUCCCUGUCCUUCAGAGCAGGACAGAACUUCUGACAGACCCAGAAAUCUUAUGUAUAGAGCUCUCUCUUCUCACAGGAAGUAAGAAUUGCCUGUGUUGCAUUGCCAGACUGUAGCUGACUCAUUUGAUCUCAGCCACACAAACCUCAUAUUCUUUCUGGCUUCAUGUUUUCAGGAGCCCAUGUUUAUGUCAGCCAGGUAGAUACCAAUGCUUUUUACAACCCAGCAGCAGAACACACCUAUUCUUGGUGGGGAUGCUCUCCUUGGUGUGUCAGCAAGCUUUCCAACUUCAUGUGGAUCCUGAUCCUAACAGCAGCAAGUGUUGUGGACUUAAUUGCUGGAUAAUGAACCACUCAACUCCUCUUUUCUCCCUCUGUGGUCAGAAGAGAAAGAACUCAGGAGAGGAGAUACUAGCCACACUGCCAAGAUUCAGAGCUGGUCCAGCAUGGCAAGCAAGAAAGAACCUUCUGCCAGGCUAGAAAAGGCAAACAGCAGGCUUUCAGUAGUUAGAAGGGCCGGGGGAAACAGGCCCUCAGUGGUUAUAGUCUUAGGAUCAAAGCAUUGCUCAAGUUGAGCACCAGUCAGCUGGCAAAGACAAUGGCAGUUCAGGGAUCCCCUCUGGACUGUGCAGCUUGCUGUCAGUGCUGCCCAAAUAGAGCUGUGAUCCCUCCAGAGCGGUGAUAACAAAAGUAUUUUGAUUACAUGUCCUGUGAUCUCUUUGUCAGUCCAGAGAACAAUGUUUUUCUAGAGCCUCAAUGGAGGUACUGGAAUAGUUGGAAGCCCACAGAAGGUCUGCAGCUGUUGUGUGUUCUAUACUUGUGUAUACCUGGCACUUGAUUUUUUUUUUUCCCCUCCAGGAACUUGUGGAAUGAUGGGAACUUCAGAAACAAACUUGGUGGUUUAAUUUCUACAUAGGGAAUAAACACUGUUGGGCUGGUUCCAUAGGUCUGAGCCCAACAAAUUUCAUUUCUGCCUCUUCAGCCGAACAUGUCUGACAUAUAUUGCUUGUUAGAGGAAGCCUAAAACUGACAUAUGACAAAUAUAUAUGAAUUUUUUUUUUCUUGGUUGUAGCACUUGUCUUGCCAGGAUGGUGAAUGAAAUUUUAUACUUUUCUUCAUAGAUAUCAUUACAAAAUACUAUGGAUUUUCAGUUUUCAAAGCACUUUAGGCUUGGGUUUUCAAAGGACAUAAUGGUUUCUCCAUCUGCUGGAUUUCAUUCUAACUUGCUCUCUUCACAUUUUUAGGAUUGCAAAUACCAACUUUCUCACUGAUUUCCCAAAAUACAUAAGUAGAUGUCCAAAAAAAAAAAAAAUUUUUGAAUCUGUGAACUUUCCAAUUUGCUUCUUUUGGGUACUAUAUCAGAAAGCCUUAAGCAUUUAGCUCAGUCUCAAGGGCUGGAGUAAAUCUCAUUCUCAAAAGUCGUGCAAACAAAAACUCAACUUGUCAUUUGCUUAAGGGUCUGCCAUUUCUGAGGGUCUACUUGUAGAGAUACAGUACCUGAUCUCCCUUAUUGCUGAGUGCCAGCACAGUGCAGACAGGAGGAGUGUGGAUGAAGAGGACCUGGCAUCUACUUGGUGUAUGUUUUGGGAGGCUUUAUUUUGGACUACCUUGUGGAGAUUCUCCUUACAGCAUCUGGAAAUUUUGCUUCCAGUUUCUUCUGGAAGCAAUGUAGUACACAUGCUCUGAGGCCUCUUGGUGAUGCAAAGCAGUACAAAUGGUGACUAUCAAGAAGAGCAUUUGUAAGAAUGGAAUUCAUCCAAGGAAGUAUUGGUGUGGAUGGAGAUGAUGGGCCUGAAUCCCUUACCUGUGGCAAAACUACACUGAUGUCAACCUUGUCUGGCUUUUCAUGAGGGAAAUUAAGGAAACCUGAAGCCAAAACUUUUUAUUUGGUUUAGGUGGUCUAGAAGACUUGUAUUUUUUGAAGCUGCAUUUUCACCAGUUUGUGAAGCUACAAGCUGCAGUUUCUCUCAUCUGUGUUUUUAGAGGAAUUAACAUCUUCACUCAAGGCAGAAUGGGAUAUAUCUAACUAUACAAUUGUGCAUGACACACAGGAAUGUAAUUUAUAUGUAAAUUUAAUAAAAUUUGUUAAAUUUA